GGAACUUUUCUGAUCUGGCAACCCGACCUAGCGUAGCUGUUUGGCGGCGUGCUGAUUGAACUCACUCAGCUGAGGAGAGGUACUACAAUCAUACCUACGUGAAGCGAGAUAACCCACAGACCUUCAAGAAAUCAUCUGUUUGGGCGAAGUUUUUACCUUAUCGACUGUUGAUUUGAACAAACAAUGGACGAUUGGGAUGAAACGGAGCAGGUAAAUGUUGCACCAUCCAGCAACAUGCCUGACCACAGUCAUGGUUGGCGAGGCAGAGGGAGAGGAGGCGGGUUUAAGAGCAUCAUUCCUUCAGGUCCUGAUGACAAUGGAACUGAAAUGAGCAGCUGGAACAAUAACAGAGGGGGACGAGGAGGUUUCAGAGGACGAGGAGGCAGAGGUCGUGAUUUUGAUGACAACAAUAUUGCACAUCAACAUGGCUUAAGCGGAAGAAGAGGCGGCCACACAGAAGGUGGUGGCUUUGGAGGAGGAUACCGUGGAAAGAAUGAGGAAGUCCUCCCUAAAGGGGAUGCUAAUAGUCAAGAAAACCAGGAUAAUAGUGAACGACCAAAAGUCACCUAUGUUCCUCCAGCCCUUCCGGAAGAUGAGGACUCUGUAUUUGCACACUAUCAGCAAGGCAUUAAUUUUGAUAAAUACGAUGACAUCAUGGUAGAUGUGAGUGGGACCAAUGCACCACCUGCUAUAAUGACGUUUGACAAGGCAUACUUUUGUGAGUCCUUGAGAAAAAAUGUAAGUAAAUCUGGCUAUUCAAAGCCAACUCCAGUUCAGAAGCAUGGCAUCCCUAUCAUCUCUGCUGGUCGAGAUCUCAUGGCCUGUGCCCAGACUGGAUCUGGAAAAACGGCUGCUUUCCUACUUCCAAUUCUGCAGAAGCUCAUGGCUGACGGUGUCGCAGCCAGCAGCUUCAGUGAGAUACAGGAGCCUGAGGCAAUCAUUGUUGCCCCCACCAGGGAGCUCAUCAACCAGAUUCACCUGGAGGCCAGGAAAUUUGCUUACGGAACAUGUGUGCGUCCAGUGGUGGUGUACGGUGGAGUGAACACUGGGUUUCAGAUCAGAGAAAUCUGUAAGGGAUGCAACAUAUUGUGUGGAACACCAGGAAGGAUGUUGGAUGUUAUUGGAAGAGGAAAGAUAGGGCUGAGCAAGCUGCGGUAUCUGGUACUGGAUGAGGCUGACAGGAUGUUGGACAUGGGCUUUGAGCCUGACAUGCGCCGGUUGGUUGGUUCGCCUGGGAUGCCACCUAAAGAAAACCGCCAAACUUUGCUCUUCAGUGCAACUUUCCCUGAAGACAUCCAGAGGUUAGCUGCUGAUUUCCUUAAGAUGGACUAUUUGUUCUUGGCUGUUGGUGUGGUGGGAGGAGCCUGUAGCGAUGUGGAGCAGACGUUUCUCCAAGUCACUAAGUUCGCCAAGAGGGAGCAACUUCUCGAUCUUCUCAAGACCACUGGAAAGGAACGCACAAUGGUGUUUGUGGAGACCAAGAGGCAAGCUGAUUUUAUUGCCACUUUCUUAUGCCAAGAGAAGGUUCCAACGACCAGUAUCCAUGGUGACCGGGAGCAGCGGGAACGAGAGCAAGCCUUGGCAGACUUCAAGACGGGCAAAUGCCCGGUACUUGUUGCAACUUCGGUCGCUGCCCGGGGCCUAGACAUUCCAGAUGUGCAACACGUGGUUAAUUUUGACCUCCCCAACAACAUAGAUGAAUAUGUUCACCGAAUCGGCAGAACUGGUCGCUGUGGUAAUAUUGGCAGGGCAGUGUCUUUUUACGAUUCAGAUGGUGAUGGUCAGCUGGCUCCUUCCUUGGUCAAAAUCUUGUCCAAGGCCCAACAAGAAGUGCCUUCAUGGCUAGAGGAGUCUGCAUUCAAUGGUUCUACAACCAGCUUCCAUCAACCUGGCAAGAACUUUACCUCCUCAGACUCAAGGAAGACUCAUCAUGGAGGUUUUGAGAAAAGCCAGCCACCAGCUCAGGUUGCAGCUAAUGAUGAAGAAGAUUGGGAGUAGAAGUGCUUCAUUUUGUGGCUUGAUUGUUUAUUCACCGCAGUUUAGUUUGGAGUGUGGGGAAAAAGUUUUGUCUGUAAAAAUGUAAAGGGUAGUGUAAAGUGUAUUAUCUACAGGAUUUGGAAAGCGCAUUUAUUUUUUUAUGAUAGCGUUACUAAACUUUAGAUCUUGAACCAUGGCAAUGUGGGGAAAUUGGAGAACUAAGAGUGCUCUUAUUUUGUUUUCUACUGGAAUUCUCAAUAAAUUUGUUCAAAGCA